AUGGCACCUGCCGCCAUCGCCGAGACCCCGGUUCCCGUCUUCAACAAGAAGCGGGAUGGCCAGGCUCUGGAGGAGAUGUCCGAUGCCAUCGACGAGGUCAACGUCUUCAAAGCCAAUAUGAAGAAGGAGCAAGAGCUGCUGGAGAAGGGCCUGUAUGAGGAGUCCGAGUUCGACAAGAACAAGGACAAGACCGGCUUCCGCCAGUACGAGGAUGCCUGUGACCGCGUCAAGAACUUCUACAAGGAGCAGCAUACCAAGCAAACCGUCGCCUACAACCUGAAGGCCCGCCAUGACUUCCACAGCAAGACCCGCGCCGAGAUGACGGUCUGGGAGGCGAUGGAGAAGCUCAACACUCUCAUUGACGAGUCCGACCCGGACACCAGCCUCUCCCAGAUCGAGCACCUGUUGCAGUCCGCCGAGGCCAUUCGCCGCGAUGGCAAGCCCCGCUGGAUGCAACUGACCGGUCUGAUUCACGACCUGGGCAAGCUCCUCUUCUUCUUCGAUGCCCAGGGCCAGUGGGACGUGGUCGGCGACACCUUCCCCGUGGGCUGUGGCUUUGACGAGCGUAUCAUCUACGGCCGCGAAUCGUUCAAGGAGAACGAAGACUUUGAGCACCCCAUCUACGACACCAAGUUCGGCAUCUACAGCCCGGGAUGCGGUCUCGACAAGGUCAUGCUCUCCUGGGGCCAUGACGAGUACCUCUACCACAUCGCCAAGGAGCAGUCCACUCUGCCCGACGAGGCGCUCGCCAUGAUCCGCUACCACUCCUUCUACCCCUGGCACAACGCCGGUGCCUACCACGAGCUCAUGGAUGACCAUGACAAGGAGAUGCUUCGCGCUGUCAAGGCCUUCAACCCUUAUGACCUGUACAGCAAGAGCGACGGUAUCCCCAGUGCCGAGGAGCUGAAGCCUUACUACAUGGAGCUCAUCAACGAGUACUUCCCCAACAAGGUUAUCCGUUGGUAG